CAUUUCUCCCACACUAUCUCUCGUCUCUUUGAACACUGCAAAACAACCAAAUCACUUAUUCGAAUAAUUCUCGUUCCUUCUCCUCUGUUUUAUAUUUUCUUAUAAAAUGGUGAGCCAAAACGUCGUCGUACCAGACGCCACGACGGGAAUCAUAACGGUCUCCACCGUCUCUAACUCCUCCGUAUUUACUCCUUCCGCUCAAAAACCACCGACUGCUCCUGGUCACAUCUCAAUUUCCAAGAAGAAACUACUCAAAAGCCUCGAGAUCAAUGGCGACCAAAGUCAGAGACUCAACUCUUGGGUUGACUCCAUGAGAGCUUCUUCUCCUACUCAUCUCAAAUCACUCCCUUCCACUUCCUCAGAAGAAGAGCUCAAUUCUUGGAUGAAACGACAUCCAUCGGCACUUGACAUGUUUGAACGGAUCAUUGAAGCUUCAAGAGGAAAAGAAAUCGUUAUGUUUCUUGAUUAUGACGGUACUCUUUCUCCUAUCGUCGCUGAUCCAGACAGAGCUUUCAUAUCCAGCAAGAUGAGAAGAACUGUGAAAAAGCUGGCAAAGUGUUUUCCAACUUCUAUAGUUACUGGUAGAUGCAUAGACAAGGUUUAUAGCUUUGUGAAGCUAGCAGAACUGUAUUAUGCUGGAAGCCAUGGAAUGGAUAUUAAAGGGCCAACAAAAGGUUUCUCUAGAUACAAUAAGGAUAAACCAUCUGUUCUUUAUCAACCAGCCGGAGAUUUUCUUCCCAUGAUUGAUGAGGCUUUUAAACAAUUAGUGGAGAAAACCAAAUCAACACCUGGAGCCAAAGUGGAGAACAACAAGUUCUGCCUUUCUGUGCACUUCCGCUGUGUCGACGAGAAGAAAUGGAGCGAACUGGCUUUAAAAGUUCGGUCGGUGGUAAAGAACUAUCCGACACUGAAACUGUCCCAAGGUCGGAAGGUUUUUGAAAUCCGACCUAUGAUUAAAUGGGACAAAGGCAAGGCCCUUGAGUUUUUGUUAGAGUCACUUGGAUUUGAUAACUCUAGCGAUGUAUUUCCUAUUUACAUUGGUGAUGAUCGAACCGAUGAAGAUGCUUUCAAGCUGCUUCAAGAGAGAGGACAAGGCUUAGGUCUUCUUGUCACCAAGUUUCCCAAAGACACCAAUGCUUCGUAUUCUUUGCAAGACCCACUUGAGGUGAUGGAUUUCUUGCGACGGUUGGUGGAGUGGAAACAAAUUUAGCAAUGAACAUGCAUGAAGGGACCAAUGGAGUUUUUAGUAUAAAUAACCAUUGCCCAUAAAUGCAUAUAUAUAUAUAUAUAUAUAUAUAUAUAUGUUAUAUAUAUGUAUAUACUUAUAGAUGAUAUGUAUAUCUCUAUCCUAGAACGGAACAUUGUACAAGAUAUAUAAAGGCAAAUUUCAUAAUGUGCCUAUAUAUAUAUAUAGGUUGAUCUUGUUCACCAUGAUCUUGCUUGAAAGGCAUUUUUUACCUUUUACAUAUUGUAUGGGAAGAGGUAUACCAUAUGUUAAAUUCUAAAGAAUAUUGUAUCGUUUUGUGAUGUAAUCAUAUUUUCUCUCCUA